GUCUUAAAGCUUAAGGCUAUGGCUUAUAGUUAGUGCCAAACAAUGAGUUUUUAGUAUUCAAUAAAUUUUUGUACAUUUAAUGUGAACUUUGCUUUACGUUUAUAAACGCAUCGCUGCUUAACAUAACAUAACAUAACAUAACUAAUCAAUUAUUAUUAUUAUUGAGAAAUCACUACUUAAUUAUUAUUAUUGAGGAAAUUAGUGGAAAAGUGGCCAAAAAAUCGGCGAUUAAUUAUUAAAAGAAAUUGCAGUCAUAAUGAGUGUAAAGUCCUAUCCGUUAAGUGUAUUAAUACAUAUGAUAUCAAUGAUAACUUACGGUUAUUCAAUUUGUUGGCAAUUUCUUCACGUCCUACCGCCGGGAAGUGAAAGAUACGGUCGACUAAAGUAUCUGACGUAUUGGAACCUAUGGAUCCAAUUCAUAACAUUUACCGUAUCAUUGGUCGCCGAUUUUAUAUCCAAUCCGAACAACAAUAGUCGCAAUAAAAAUCGUCCGCCGACUACUAUUACCGUACGGGACACGCUAUUCAACUCAUUGGCGCUACCGUUGGCCAUAUUUGUGUCGAUCAGCUUCUGGGGAUUGUAUGCAAUCGAUCGUCAAUUGAUAUUUCCGGUGGGUAUCGAAAAAUGGUACCCAAAUUGGCUGAACCAUUGUACUCAUACCAUAAUACUUCCGAUUGUUUUGUUGGACAACUAUCUGGUUUGUCAUACAAGACGAUCCAAGAAGACUGAACUUAGUUUACUAUUUGCCGUAAUAAUUGGUUACGGCGUUUGGGUCUUAUUUAUGGGACUAACUUCCGAUGUAUGGGUCUAUCCAAUACUGACCAAACUGAAUUGGCCACUUCGGGCCAGUUUUAUGCUCAGCUCAUGUCUGGUGAUUACAUCAUUUUACUAUUUCGGUGUUUUCCUGUACGACAUGUCCUGGAAGUCAUCGGCAGCCAAACAUAAGAUUGAGACCCGAAAUAAGUUAAAAUAAUUUGUUGUUUUUUCAAAAAAAAGUUGUUUUACAAAUUUAUUUUUUUAAAUAAUAAUAAUAUCUGUUAAGUUUGACUGAAAUAAUUAAAUGCCAAAUAAAUAAAAUGCAUUUAUA